GUCGGAUGAUAAGGAAAGGUAGGAGUUGGAGUUGGAGUCGGUAGAUUUUUACGCGACUCUACAGCCCUGGUUUUUACUAGAGUAUUAAAACAGAGGCCGUCACUAGCAGUUUUAAAUGUUGCCGGAAAAGAUGGAGAAAGAGACGAUUUUCGUAUUUUAUGGAAUUAGGUAUACCGGGACCGAAACCAUAUUUUAUUUAUGGAAAUAUGGAAGAAGUUUUUAAGAAGGGGGCUACAAGAUGUCAUUUCGAAUGGAUUAAGAAAUAUGGAAAUGUUGUUGGAUACUUUCAGGGUUCAAAGCCCAUUCUUCUCGUAUCGAAUUUGGAUUUUAUGAAGAACUUUAUGAUUUCAAACCACAUGGAUGCAUCUGGCAGAGAUUGGUUUAUUGAAGAUGGUGGAGUACCAUUGAAAUCAUUCAGAAAAUCAGCAGUCGGAGUAGUUGAUGGAAUUUAUUGGAAAGAACUUCGCAAUAUAAUGUCUUCAAGUUUCACUAGCAGAAAAUUGAAAGGGAUUAUACCAAUAUUAGACAAAUCUGUCACUCGUCUCUUAAGCAAAAUAGAAAAGAAAAUAGAAAAUAAAGAAUUAGUUUCAAUGAAAGCAUUAUUUAGCGAAUUUGCUUUCGAUAGUACAAUGUUAAAUAUCUUUGGUGUUGAAGAUAAUGGACAUGAAAUAGGCAGAAAGUUUCACGAAGAUGUUAAACAAUUAUCAAAUGUGUCUUUUGAAGACACAAUUAUAUCCCUUGCUCGUAAGUGA